AUGGUGACGUACAUAGGCGCGAUGUUCUACGGAGUAGGAGGGAUAGUCGUCGCGGGAGUGGCGCUGCUCGUGGCCUUCCAGGAGAAGCUCGUCUACGUGCCUGUGCUUCCCGGCUUAAGCAAGGCCUAUCCGAUCACUCCCGAAAGGCUCAAUCUCAAUUACGAGGACGUUUGGCUCCGAUCCUCCGAUGGCGUACGCCUCCAUGCUUGGUUUAUCAAGAUGUUCCCCGAAUGCCGAGGGCCAACGAUUCUAUUUUUCCAGGAGAAUGCCGGAAAUAUUGCUCAUCGUCUGGAGAUGGUUCGCAUCAUGAUACAGCGCUUGAAGUGCAAUGUAUUCAUGCUUUCAUAUCGCGGCUAUGGGGAAAGUGAUGGUUCUCCGUCACAGCAUGGAAUCACAAAAGAUGCCCAGGUUUGCUUGUCCCUUGGUGGAGCUGUUGGUGCUGUGCUUACCAAAAACAAUCCAGACAAGGUAUCUGGAUUGAUUCUAGAGAACACUUUCACAUCCAUUCUUGAUAUGGCUGGUGUAUUGCUACCCUUCUUGAAGUGGUUUAUUGGAGGAAGUGGUACGAAAAGCCUGAAACUUCUCAAUUUUGUUGUACGCUCCCCCUGGAAAACAAUUGAUGCUAUUGGUGAGGUCAAACAACCAGUACUUUUCCUCUCUGGACUGCAAGAUGAGAUGGUCCCUCCGUUUCACAUGAAAAUGCUGUAUGCGAAAGCGGCUGCCCGUAACUCUCAGUGCACCUUUGUGGAAUUUCCAAGUGGGAUGCAUAUGGACACAUGGCUCUCUGGUGGUGACGUGUACUGGAAAACAGUCAUGGAGUUCCUUGUAAAGCAUGCGCCUGAGGAAAGGAAACACAAUUCAGGAAUGUAA